UGUAGCGACGGACAUGGCGGCGACAGCGACGGAGGCUGCGGCCUCCGGCUCUGAAGAACCCCGGGAAGAGGCUGAAGGCCCCAGCCUCGCCUGGGAUGAGUCCCAACUGCGUAGUUAUAGCUUCCCGACCCGGCCCAUCCCGCGUCUGAGUCAGAGCGACCCCCGGGCGGAGGAGCUUAUCGAGAAUGAGGAGCCUGUGGUGCUGACAGACACAAAUCUUGUGUAUCCUGCUCUGAAAUGGGACCUUGAAUACCUGCAGGAGAACAUUGGCAACGGAGACUUCUCUGUGUACAGUGCCAGUACCCACAAGUUCUUGUACUAUGAUGAGAAGAAGAUGGCUAACUUCCAGAACUUUAAACCCAGGUCCAACAGGGAGGAAAUGAAAUUUCAUGAGUUUGUUGAGAAACUGCAGGAUAUACAGCAGCAAGGAGGGGAAGAGAGGUUGUAUCUGCAGCAAACACUCAAUGACACUGUGGGCCGGAAGAUUGUCAUGGACUUCUUGGGUUUUAACUGGAACUGGAUUAACAAGCAACAGGGAAAGCGUGGCUGGGGACAGCUGACAUCCAACCUGCUGCUCAUCGGCAUGGAAGGAAAUGUAACACCUGCUCACUAUGAUGAGCAGCAGAACUUCUUUGCUCAGAUAAAAGGCCACAAGCGAUGCAUUUUAUUCCCUCCGGAUCAGUUUGAGUGCCUGUACCCAUAUCCUGUUCAUCACCCAUGUGACAGACAGAGCCAGGUGGACUUUGACAAUCCUGACUACGAGAGGUUUCCCAAUUUCCAGAACGUGGUUGGUUAUGAAACAGUGGUUGGCCCUGGUGAUGUUCUUUACAUCCCAAUGUACUGGUGGCAUCACAUAGAGUCAUUACUAAAUGGGGGGAUUACCAUCACUGUGAACUUCUGGUAUAAGGGGGCCCCCACCCCUAAGAGAAUUGAAUAUCCUCUCAAAGCCCACCAGAAAGUGGCCAUAAUGAGAAACAUUGAGAAGAUGCUUGGAGAGGCCUUGGGGAACCCACAAGAGGUGGGGCCCUUGUUGAACACAAUGAUCAAGGGUCGAUACAACUAGCCUGCCAGGAGUCGAGGCCUCCUGCCAGGUGACUGCUAGCCCGUCCACACCGCUUCAUUGAUGAGGACAGGAGACUCCAAGCGCUAGUAUUGCACGCUGCACUUAAUGGACUGGACUCUUGCCAUGGCCCUGGAGGCAGGUGUUUGGGGCAAGGCAGGGUGGUUGGCGCUCCACUCCCAUUUGGAGGGACUUCUUGCCCUUGCCUCUGUGCCCCAGCAUCUUCCCUCUCUGCCCCCCCCUAAGGUCCUGCAUUCAGUGUGUGGAGUCCCAGCUUCUGGUUGUCAUCACGUCUGUGUGUGUGUCCAUCUGUCACCCUCGGGAUGUGUGUGCGUGUGUGUGCAUGCACACGCGUGGAUGUAUCUGUUCCUUGCUUUCUCCUUCUGGGUCAGGAUGCCACUGCUGGCUCUCAGUCCUGUCUCCUGCAACCUCAGUGCCUCAGCCUGAGAGUUAGAUGGUCUUGGAUGCCCACGAUGUUUGGGCUGCAGGGCCAGUCUUCCUCCUUCCAGUUUUCACAGUCAGGCUCUAGGCUGGGUGGGAAUGGUUACUGGGACUCCUAAUGGGGAGAGUGAGAAGGAGGCUUGCCUCUAAGAGCCUAGAUGACCUUCCUGUGAGAGAAUUAGAGAGUUCUAACUUGAACCUUUAAGCUCAAGCCAUACAUAGAAAAGAACCUUGGGACAUGAAACCCAAGGAUUAUGCACAAGUUCCAAACUAGAGACACAUACAGCUUCUCUCUUUCGGCACCAGCUCUUGCUCUCUGUGCUGAGUACCAAGGGAGUCCUCCUAGUAGUGGCUUCUCUAGGUUCUAGGGGUAUAAGCCUGUGUGUGUGUGUGUGUGUGUGUGUGUGUGUGUGUGUGUGUGUAUGUGUAUGUCUGUAUGUGUGUCUGUGUGUCCCCGUCCACACUGGCCUGCCUCUCUGCUUACCAAGUUUCUCCACUGCUUAACCUUAUUCAGUGGGACAUAACAGUGUAAGCCCCAGGGAAGUACAGCCUGACUUAGCCUAAAGCUUUUAAACUCAGUUUUAUCCAUUGGAUGUUGGUCAGGUCUCACUGCAACCUGCUUGAGGCUGACUGGCUAGAGCCUCCAGGUCCUGUGACCCUCCCUGCCCAGGCCACAUCCUCUCUUCCUUGGAGCUUCCUGGCUGAGUAGAUGAAAUGGGGUCCAGCUUAGGUAGCUAACUUACCACCUGUCAUCCACCUCAGGUCAAGGACAAAAAUGUAGCCUUGCCUCUUAAAGCCAGCACCUCUGCCAGACCCCACUGUAAUGUUCCACAAACACCCUUGAAAGUCAGGGCAACUGACAGAGCACAGAAGUGGAAUUUCCUUUUCGGUUCAUUGUUACUUGUGGGAACCCCUCUCAGGGCUACAGCUUACAGCUGGGCACUGCACAAUGCAGAGGGCCAUCAGUCACAUGAUUCAGUAGAACUGGGGCCACUGGAAUUGGGCAGUAUGGUGGCCUUAUGGCCCUUUGUUUUCUCACCUCCACUUCCAUCUCUAUGCCCCUUCUCUCUGUCUGGAAGGAAAGAAGAGUUGGAAAACUCUGGGGUUUUUCCUUUUUUUUUUUUUCUUUUGCCAAAGGUUUACUUUCAGUGUCUGAGCUGUGGCUCUAACCCCCAAAGCUCAGUUUACAGUUACAGCGCACUGAUGGACUGAGAGGGUGUGUGUGUAUGCAUGUGUGCACCUGUGUGUGUAUUUUGGAUAGGGGUGUUUAUUUUUAGUGCCCCAUUCUGGGGUUCUCUGAUGCAGUGUGGGUGUGCAAACACGGUACCUACCUUCUCAAGUGUAGUUCUUUCAAAUAUAGCCAAUGCUGGAAAAUGUGAUUGCAGUGAUCUCCAUCCCUCCAUUUCUUGGGAAAGAGGAGCAUUAGCAAAGAAAACAAGGCAGAGGAUAAACGUGACUACAGCCAAACUUUGAAAGAUAGCAGAUUAUUUUUGUUCUCCUUAGCAGGUCUGCUGUGUUCCUGGCUCAGCCCUCAAAGAUGUGGGCGAUGUGCAGCAGGGAGGCAUGUGCCACUCAACUGAUCCUUGUUGAGUGCUGUGCUGACACAGAUCUGACCUAAGGCGACAUAGGAGAAGGGUCCUUUACAGGAUUGGUCCUGACCCUUGGGUAAUAUAAUAGUGACCCUGAUUAUUAAGACACCUAAUAACAGCCUAGUGCUUUUAUCUUUGGUUCUCAUCCUGCCAGGUAGGUAUUUUCCUUUCACAGCUAAAGAAAUGGACUCAGAGAGGUUUCAGUGAUUAGUGGCAAUCAAGAUUUGAACCUAAUGUUAAUUUGACUGCAAACCCCCUGCUACUCCCUAUCCACAAAACUGUUGGUUCUCCUACCUUGCCACUUCCCUUGAACUAUAGUCCGUCCUCAGAUCUCAUGCCACUGGGCAUUGUCCAUGAGGGUCCACAAGGUAUAGCUUAGGGUAAAAGCUUUUUUGGACUCCAGCUAAAAGCUUUUUUGGACCACAAGGUAUAGCUUAGGGUAAAAGCUUUUUUGGACUCUUGGGAGAACUACUGGGAAGCCCUGUUCUAAGUUAAGAAUGCUGGAAGGAGUGUGGGGAAACUGAGUUCUAGAUCCCAGUGCAUUUUUUUUUUCUUGAAUAGGACCCAUAACUUCUCCCAGCUUGCUUCUGCACCUGUAGGAUUGAAGAUCCAGUUCUAGGUGAUAACUAGGAACAUUUAUUCAUAUUCUGUUGCCUCCUUUUCCCCCAAGGAAAAGACCUAGUCUUUUCACUUAGGGCUAAGUUAGGGUUGUUUAGGCUCAAAUUCUACUUGCAGCUGCAGAAACAUAUCUGCUCUGUUGCUUACUACCAUGCUAGCCAGCAGAGUGGAGCCAAGGGAAGGUGGUGGGGCUUUGGACCUGAAUGGAGGUCUGCCAUGUUACAGGCUCCCACUUUCACAUCAGCAGGUACAAAGGAAACUGCUCUUUUGUGAAGUCAAAUAUUUGUUGGGGGGUUGGAAUUCAGGGGAGGGAGGAGGGGCUGUUCUGGGCAUCAGUUGAGCAGAUGCCCAGGAUGCCUGGAGGAGACCAGCUUCCCCUACAAAUCAGAGCUCUAAAUUACAAGGUUUUUACCAACGCGAACAGUUGGGGGAAGUCGUAUGCUCUCAUUUGCGUAAUGGUUUCUGUCACUGGUGAUUAGACACAGGAUGAAGGAAAAGAAAUUUGACAAUUAGGAAUGAGCGAUCAUUAAUCUGAAUCUGUUAGGAGACAGAGAGGGGAAGGAUCCUUAUCAAUGGGCUAGCCUAGUAUGGGGACACUCUCCCUCUGCCCCCACCAAAGACUCUUGGGCCACAUACCCUUCCAUUGUUCCCACAAGCGGGCUGGGCUGAUGUUUCUUGACAAACCCUAGGUAGGUACAAUCCUCAGUCUGAGCUGGAUACAGUAUAUAGGCAUGAGCCAUCAGAGAGGUGGGUGUCAAAUGCAAUUGUUAGGGCAAAGAAUACUAAUGAAAUGGUUUUGACGUGUUUGCUGUUUGUGGAAAAAAUUCUUUCAAUCAAUACUCCAGAUAGCCCACCUGUGACAAAUGUUUGUUGCAUUCCAGCCCUGCAGGGUGUGGAGAAAACCUGGUUUUUAUCCCCUAGAAGCUUCUACUUAGUUGGAGAGGAAACCACACAAAACAGCCAGAGGUUAUGAGGCCAUGAAUCUUGUGAGGACAAGAUGAAAGAUUGUGGAAAAAGGAGGAAGAUAGUAGAGAGCAAGCUCUCCCACCAGGCUCCUCCAAGGCCUGGGGCUCCUCAGUGGGGGGACUCUUCACUCCAGGCCUCCUGGCAAUGUUGAUUUUUCCCAGUCCAUGCAGCCAAAGUAGUUGCUGAAGGGCACUGAGGCGCCCCACCCAGGAGUGUGCACAGGGAAUGAGAUGACAUCUAGUGGCCUGAGUCCUAAGGUGUGGAGGGUCCCGAUUUGUAUCUUCCCAGGUCUCCGUGGCACCUUAAUAUGCACUUUUUCUGGCUUCACACUUCAAGCACUAUGUUAAUUUGCACUAGUUGCUGUUUGUUCCUCAGUUUUGUGACUUGCAUGUGGUGGGUUCCUUAGAUCAGAGGCUCCCUCAGAGAUUGGGGACAUGGACGGUUCUUUGUCUCCUCUUAAGAGUGUGAACUUCCCACAGACAGGACUGCAUCUCUCUGAGGCUUCUACUCUUCCAGGUUGGGUAUGGAGUUUUUAGUAGGGCAGUGGGGAAUAGCCCUCAGUGACUAGUUUUACCCAAACAGGGUGGAUGCGGGGAUGCACCUGGAAGUGGCUCAUGAGGUUCCAGGGGCCCUGGCUUUUCAGCCCUUUUCUUGUUCUUCUCUGGAAAUUUCAGUUCUCACCCUUCAGUCCUUCUGAAUGCUCUGGUGUCUUCUCAAGCUUCCUGCAUGAAGAGAUAUUCUAGCUUCCGUUUCCAGGGCUCCCUCAGUUUCUCCCACUCAGGCUCCCUCUGUCCAGUCUCGCCCUCAGGCAAGGACCUUUUUCCUAAACGGUUGUCCUUUCUUCAAAAGCCCUAUGGCUGCAAGUAUUUGGAUAGACUUUCUCUAGGAUUUCCACCCCCCCCCCCCAGGCUUGACCCUGAGCAUCUUUGAGUUAUCUUCCUUUUUUGACCUGCUCAUUUAUUCUGCGUCUGCUCUGCCCUCUUAGCAUCCUUUUGCUAAUUCUAUGCAGUCUGAUUAGCUUUUCUAACUCUGGUGGCCCUUUUGCUAGUCUUCAACUAUCUCUGUUUAAUCAUCAUAGGUCUUGGGUCCUCAGUGUAGCCAAAACUGAGCACUUUCUGGUACAUUUCUAGGGGACGAGGCCUUAGACACUGGCAACAUUGAGGCCCAGGGACCUGUGGUCUAUGGGGCCUCCAGAGCUGGGUGAGGGGAGGGUACCUAGAGUCUUAGAUGGUGGAGAGCCAGUGAGGAGGGAUUGGGUAGGAGAAUCCCCAGGUAUGGAUCCAGGCCUGGCAAGCGAGGGUGGAAAAAGCAGUUCUGUGUUCCCAUCUAAAUGCAUCUGUGCCUUACAGUCGGGGAUGGUGGGCAUUUUGUGAAUGUCUCCUAGUUUAUUUCAGGUGUCUUUGGCAAUGCUCUGAGUCACCAAGUUUGGCUGGCCUCUGGAUUUCAGCAAUUGCUGGAAGAGAAACAGCAUACUGAGUAGUUGAUACCAGGAGCGGAGGUCUUAGAUGAGAAAAGCCGUGGAAGCUGGGGUAGCAAGGCAGGGACUUGGUGAUCAGCUUACCCAGGCUAUCUUGAUGCCUCCAAGUAUUUACAAAAGCUGACUAAAGUGAAAAAGUGAGGCCUCACCUUCUUCCUUACCUGAAGUCUGUGUUUCAGAUAGUAUUUGGGGAAGGAGUAUGUGUCCUUUAACUUCCAGUGAGAAACAGUCUCAGAUAAUGUUUUAAAGCAUGGAUUUUAGAGCCAGGUGUCUGGUUCAGAUUUCUAGCUUUACUACUUAACUAGCAGGUUUAACCUUGAUAAUUGACUUAUCUUUUCUGAGCCUCAGUUUCCUCAACUCUAAUGAUAUGUAUUGAACUGAGGGGGGAUGUUGAGAAUAUCUACCUCAGGGUUGUUGGAUUAACUGAAACAAUGUAAAGCUUUAGCACAGUACCUGGCAAGCACUUAAUAAAUGGCUGUGGUGGUGGUGGUGGUUGUUAGA